AUGCCGGGUGGUGAACGUGACCGUGACCGUGGCCGAGAGACAAAGGAGAAGCGAUCACGCCAGAAAGAGGAUCGUCAGACUGAGACUGAGAAGAAGAAGAAAGAUGAGAAGGAUCGUGGCCGUUCAGAAAAGCGAUCAGAGAAGAGUAAGAAGCGUGAUCGUCCUAGGUCCCCACCCCCGCCACCUGAGACUGAGAAAGCGCGGAAUCCGAAGAGCAGCCGCCACAAGUCACCACUGCCUGAGUCCAAGAAACGUGGAAGAUCUCCUCCGCCUCCACCAGAUUCCGUAAAGCCAGCGCACAACAUGCUGAGUGAGUCCGACUCUGAAUCAGACGACGAUGAUGAGACUAUGUUUCCUGGGACAGCUCCUGGUGCGGCUGGCAAGAAAGAUGAGAAGGAGAAGCCUAAGCCUGAAAAAAGCAAAUCAGGUCGCUGGUUGCUGAUGGACAAGGAUAAGAAUACUUCCAUUGAGCUUGUCAGUUCAAAGGCUGGCUACAGUCUUUAUGAACACAAGGGUGAGAUGUGCAUCGUUGACAAAGCGAAUCAGAAGAAGACCUUUUACUGUGACGAUAUCUUCAUCAGCAACGCGGCCAACAAAAGCCAUGAUUUGAUUACGCCGACGCCAAAGUUGAAGAGGACUGGCAAUGGCACUGGUAACGCACUGGUCCCUGCAGGUGACGGCGAGCCAUCAAUCGUGAAGAGACGUUGCGUUGAGAAGACAUCUGCUGAGAAUGCGGCUAUUACCCCGAAGCGAAUUGCCAAGCAUCCGCAGCUCUUGCAAGGGAUGAGCACUGGAGGCAUUGGUCCACUACCACCUGGUGCCCGUGGUGUUCGCAAAGAUGAGGAGGAUUCCGAAAGUGCCGAUCCCUUGGGAGACCAAGAAUCAGAUGCAGGUCGCGACAAGCCAAAAAUAGAAGACAAAUCUGAUUCCUGCGCCAGUAGUGGCUCUCUGUUUGACGAUGAGGAAGAAGAAGCGGAACCGGAAGAGCAGCCAGAUGAACCAUUCAUUGUAAAGGAAGAUGGCAUUCCAACUUUGUUCUGCCCGAGUCAGCGGAAGAAGUUGCCUCUACCAAAAAAAUAUGACUGGGGUCUGGAGUAUAUGAAAUCAGAAGAUGACUGGAUUCUGAUCUGCUUGAAUGGUGAGCAUCCACGUCGCACCAUCAACAGGGCACUGACUAGCAGCCGGGCGGUUGCCUGGACUCCUCUGCCAAAAAAAAAGCCGGAAGCCCGUGAGCCUGAGCUUGAGAAGCAUGACAAAGGCGCCGCUGCCGCUGCCCAGGCUGAGGCUGAGCGGGCCGCUGCUGCUGAGGCUGAGCAGGCUGAGCGGGCCGCUGAGGCUGAGAAGCGGGCUGCUGCUGAGGCUGAGGCGAGGGCAUCGGCCAUUGCUGCUGAGGAGAAGCGGGCGAGGGCAUUGGCCGUUGCGGCUGCGGAGCAGGAGAAGCGGGCUGCUGCUGCGGCUGAGGCAUUGGCCGUUGCGGCGGCUGAGGCGAAGCUUCAGGAGGAGCGGGCCGCUGCUGAGGCUGAGAAGCUGGCUUUGGCUGAGGCUGAGAGUAAGAAGUUGGCUGCUGAGGCUGAGCGUAAGCGGGCUGAUGAGGCUGAGAAGCUGGCUGUUGCUGAGGCUGAGAGUAAGAAGCGGGCUGCUGAGGCUGAGCGUAAGCGGGCUGCUGAUGCUGAGGGGAAUGAGACCAGGCGCCGUGAGACGACGUCAACGAAUGCUGAGGCUGCUGCGAAAUCAUCAGCAGCGCCAAAGGCCGAUGCUAAGCAGCAGCUUAAGUUGAAGACUAAGUCAAGUGUGAUUCCUGUCGAAGAGUGA